UAGAUUCGAAAGAUUCUUCCUCUAGCAUCGAUCGUAUUAUCCAUAAAUUAUAUAGAUCAAGAUCAAAUGAUGAUAAUAAGGUUGCUAAUGAUAAGGAUGUAUCCGAGGAGAUGGAUUGCGAAAAGAAACGGGUAAGUUCCGUGCAAGCAUCGUGUAUAUACCACCGAUGAUCGUAGCCGUAGUGCGAUACGGGGAUGGAGGCCGCGAACAGGCGAGCGAGUCGAGCGAACAGAGUCGAGGAUCGAGAACCAACCGGCGACUCAGGAAGGCAGUGCACGCCCGACUGCCGACACGAGUGGAUGGCGUACGUUGCCGCUCGCGCCACGAUUACCUCGUGAUUUUCCUUCCUGUCAGAUACGGUCACCGUAGUCGAUUUUGUGACGAGUCACGGCAGUAUUUUGAAUUACCUUGCGACUUGCACACGGUCAUAGUAUUCAAGUCUGCAGUGACGUUGCGUGUCGCGUAGUCAAUUGCAAUUAAAUAAAGAAAAGAAAAAGCGAGAUAGAAAAAAAGGAAAUAAGGAAAACAGAGAAGGCGAAAGGAAGUUUUUUUUUUUUUCAUUCGACCUUUGCCUCUUUCUGUCAUCGUCGCCGUUGUCGUCGUGUUUUGUCAUCUACGGAUAAUACGGUAUCGUACCCGCACACCCACACACGCAGACGCGCGGGCGCAAAUCUUCUAACCACGUGUGUGCGCACGCACGAUGCACGUAUACGUUAUCGGAGUCUCGAGGCUACCGUAAGGGGCGCCCUCCAAAACUUGUGUGUGUGUGCGCGUGCAACCCUACCGGAGCCCGCUGACGUUGGUUACCAUAGUAGCGCGCGUGCCGAUCAGCUGAUCGUUGGGACUCGAGCGUGUUCGACCGUCGGCAGUCAGCCAACAGCGGCUCCGUCCAUUUGUCGUUUAGUGCGUUCUGUCUGCACGCGUUCCGCGCAGUUCGCUCCUAUUUCGCGUCACGGCAUGGUGAUGACCAAACGAACAGUUUCGUGAACGUCGGUAAUCCGUCUACUUUCGAACGACACGCGGCGGACUCUGGAGAAUUCUCAACGGUGUACAGAGACAAGCUCGUCGAUCGUAUUCACCGCGUCGCGAUGGUGAUCUUAAUCGUUGGAGACGAUACUGGAACGAUGCAUUGACGUUCGUGUUAUCGAUGACAGACGCAUUGAAACCGAGCAUGAUUCAAGAAAGAUAAAGUCCAUAGUGUGCCACUAGCGAGAGGAGAAUAAUCUAUUGUAGUCUCUUUGGUAUACUUAUCGGGUACCAUCGCAUGCGACUAUUGAGACCUUGCCGCCAUUUACGUCAUACAUUUUAAACUGAACCGUCCAGAAACGAAAAUCAACCCUGGAGUGUCCAUCGACAGUGGAGUUAAAUAUUUGUUCUCAUACCUUGUUCGAUCGGCUACUGUAAAGCACAAUUUUUGAAACACCAAAAUAUUUUCAUCGUUACACGUUAUCAAGCUUCGUUCGGAAAAGUGUUUAUCGAAACAUAAAAGAAACACGCAUGAUAAAUAUCUGAGAAACAGCACUCCUAACCUUCAUUAUUAGACAUAUAAUACAAGAGGCAUCGUUUUUGGAAGUAGCGGUUUAUUGUACGUUAUGCUCGCGAUAGUACCAACAGAUGAUUUAGCGGGCGUCACUGACCUCUGGCGACCAUCAACAACACGCUAUAAAAGAAAUUAAAUAAACAUGUGAAGAAACGAUCAUUCAUGGAAACUAAUCUGUUGGAGAUUUAUUGGAGUAUCUUUCUCGUCCUUCCGAGGUAAUCAAUUAAUUCAAAGAAUCAGACCUGAUUUAAUUAUUCAAAUUAAAUUGGCAGCGUACCUAACCCCUUUAAAGAUGCAACGCAACAGUCAUAGAUCGAUUAAUCACAAGAUGGAGUCGUGGUGAGUUUUCGAAAAAAUAUCGAUACAUCGAUAUCGUUUUGAGUUAGGUGACGCUAGACAUCAGUAGACGAUGGCCGCGCGAUCCGCGUUUGUACGAAAUCGGGAACGGAGCACGUUCGGUUCGAAAACAGUGAUUGUAGUGAUUAAUAGUUUUUGUUGAAACGAAAUUUCAACUGAUUCGACAAUGGGGAUUGCAGAAUGUGAAUGUUUCCUCUGUAUGAACACGCUUUGACAAUCGUUUCUACCUGUGACGUAUCGUUCGACUGCAUUAACCAGACUGUCAAUACGCGAAGUGACACUGUUUUCAACGAACCAUCGUUAAAAGUGAUUGUCAUUUCGUGGUGUGCUUUCAACGAUUGCGAGUCAGCCAGCUACGAUGACAGCCUGAAAUAUAUUCUCGUUCACACGGAAACUCUGUGAUAACCGAUGCCAGCAACGUCAUUAUUCGGAUUAAGUUGUCUGAAAGGAACGUCGUUUCUCCGAUCAUCUCGAUAGAAAAUUUGGUGACGUACGCCGAACGGGCCAGUAUUCAUGCCAGUAUGCCAAUCAGAUGCCAGUAGAGAGCCAGUAUCUGUAUCUGUCGCCACCGAUAGCCAAUUAAUAAGUUACUUAGAUAGUUUAAUUAAUAUAUAACGACAGGAGGAAAUACACAUUUGGAUAAUCGUCGUUAGACAACUUAGACGUGAUAGAUAAUACCGUACCCAUGUAUCCGUAUAGAGAUACGUUACACGCGUGUAUAAUCGAGAAGCAAUAAGGAUCGUGUAGCAAGCAAUUAUUUUUGCAUCGUACUUUUUAUCGAACGAGCACAAUUAUCUCGCAGACCUCGGUUCCGUUUCGGAUGAUCCCUUAGGUGACCGCGUGUUCCUUCGAGGGGUAUAUUCAUAAAUUGGACAGUGCAAUUGAGUAGUGAUCAUCGAAGUGGACUGACCGAUCGAUUUCUCGGCUGUGAAGUGAAUUAAUAUCCCAGGAAAACGAUCGAAACGGAGAAAGGAAGUGAACACACGGCGAGCACGGCGGCUGGAAACGCUGACUUACAUCGAGAGCGCCAACCUGCAAUCAAGGUUCAUGGUUUUCAUGGAUGAGAGCGAGCUCUCGAGCAAGCGGUGGGCCAGUGCGCCCCGCCGCCCGGACAGCCCCUGCUUCCUGGGGGCACCAACGUCUAGGGAGGCGUCAGGACCGCCGGUGCAGCUGGAACCAGUGGACCUGUCCGUGAAAACUCCUGUGGUGUUACAGGUGCCUCGGUAUAGUCCAGCAGCUAUAAUUACUGCCGCCUCUAGAAAAAUCCCUUCGCCUUCGACGACGCCCACGCCUCCUCCGUUCUCCAUCUCCAUCGUAUCACCGCCUUUGCCACCGCUCGGUGAAACAGCGUGGGAGAGAAACCGGGAACGGGAACGAGAACGAGAACGGGAAAGGGUGCGAGAGAGGAGCACGGAGAACGUGGAGUCAGGAAUCAGGGAGAGGGAGCCAUGGGAUCGAGAAAAGGAACGAGAUCGAGAUAGGGACAGACAGUGGGACAGGGAAAGGGACAGAGAGAGGGACACGUCGGCCCGCAUGAUGGAACCGCUCGAUCCCGUCUUCGUUUCCUCCUCGGCUGCCCUCCUCGCGUUGCAGAGGAUAAAGGAAACGUCCCUAGUGUUUCACAAACGUCCGACCGGAAUCGGGAUCGGUGGUAGAGGUAACGCCGGUGUCGGAGGAAACGGCGGUAGUUUACCGGUCGAUAGCGAAUGCGGCGACGCAUUGAAACGGCGCAAAGUUCACAGAUGCGACGUGGCAGGCUGCGACAAGGUGUACACGAAGAGCUCCCACCUGAAGGCGCACAAGAGAACCCACACUGGUGAGAAACCGUACCAGUGCACGUGGGAGGGUUGCACGUGGAAAUUCGCGCGUUCCGACGAGCUGACGCGACACUACCGCAAGCACACGGGCCAGAAGCCGUUCAAGUGCCAUCUUUGUCAGCGAUCGUUUUCGCGGAGCGAUCAUUUGUCGCUUCACAUGAAAAGGCACUGAUAAAGAGGCGCGUCUAGCUGGAGGCAGGAAGAACGUAGAAGAAUACGAAGGAAAAGAAGAAAGGUGAACCGUUGGUUCCGAGGAACAUCGGAACCCGCAGUCGUGAUCGUAGACGAUGACGAUGAUUCUUUUUUUUUUUUUUUACAUUCGGGACCUGAAGAGCCUUCGAGACUCUCGAAUCGAUUCCGCGGAACGAACAGAGUCGGGGGCGGAUACUAGGAGAAAAAAUGAAGAAGCAAACGAGUCGUUCAUUAGGUUUAGAGGUCUGAUGAAAGCAUCAUUUGUAAUUAUUGGUGGAUGAUCAGUUGCGAACCUGUCAGCAGUCGGGGUACGAUUUUACAUUGUUGAUAUUUCUACUUGUAAGUUUCGGUUCGUGGAACCGGGAGAGAUAGAGCGUAAGAAUUGUUGAAAUGUUUUACCAUGGGAAAUUAUUUAUUUUGUUGUUGAAUUGGUGUUACUUGUGAUAGACAUCACCGAAGCUUAGCUUCGAUAAAUGAAAAAGAAGAAAAGAAUGGUAUAGCGGAUGACAUCGAUUGCUGCAGGUUCAGCAUAACUGUUUUUCAUUUAUUUCUAUUUUUGUUUGUUUUUUUUUUAUUUAUAGCCAAUUUUUACUCGUUCGUAUUUUCAGUUUGUUUUCAUCCUUUUUUUUCUUUUUCGUAUGAUUAAAUAAGGCCAGCUCAACUAGUCUAGAGCACCAUAUUGUAUCGUCUAUUGCGAAGAAAUAGAGCCAGUAAAUGGAGGAAGAGAAGUAAAGUAUCUUUAAGGUAAUUAAACGACUAAUAAUUAAAGAGAAUAAUCGAACUCCGAUGAAGGAGCUUGGGACUUAGCAUGCUCAGUUAAAUAAACUAAACAAAAAAUCGUGAUCGUCGAACAAGUUUUUUCUAACGCGUUAAAUAGCGAUUUUAUCCGACUAUGCACAAAGAAUUUCGCGUUUAGGAAAGGACAAUCAUUGACGUUUUUCAUUGUCAAAGAAAACCAGGGAAUCAGAUGCUCUGUAAGCCAGUAUUACGUGUGUGCAUAAAGCAAUAUAAACGUGUAUAUUAUCAUCGACGUUAUUGCGAUGCUUUCUUUUCUAAUUUUCUUUUUCUCUUUACUCGAUCGCAAACAUUCUUCGAUCGUACCUUGUUCAGUAAGGUAGCAACCUUUUUUUUCCACACUCGUACACGUACACGCAGAUACACACGAAACACAAGGUGCCAAAGUAGAAGGUGCAAAUAAGGUGUCCAUUACGCUCAAACAUUGAAGGAAGACGAAGAAAGUAGAUCGAAGAAUUAUUUUUUAAACGCUUUUGCACCUAUCGCCGAAUCGAAUGUUCUCGUUAAUUGAACGGCAAACAUUUCGAGCCUCGAUCCGUGCACAUUUUAUUUUGGCAUCUGCGAGAUAUAGUUCGCGGACGAUGGAAAAACAAAUUACGCUCGGACGAGCCAAUGAGAAAUCUCUCUGAAUCGUAGAACGCGUCAAUGUUCCUCGUGCUUUUGAAAGUGUAUAUAAGAGAAAGAAGGUUCGUAAUAUCACGGUUUGUAUCACUGAUGCACCGAGUCGUCUGUUCGAUCGUCGCGGAUUUACAUAGUUAAAAUUAGAACUGCAACAAAUCGUAUAUGACAUAUCGAGAUCGAACAAAGACAUCGACUUCGUGCAUCGAGUAGAAUAAAAUCAGGCUGUUACUUGACGGGGCUAUUUGUAAAAGAACACGCAGUAAAAGGGUAAUUUUUAUAAAAUACGAUUCAGUAAAUAAAAGGAAGAUACCGUGGCAACGUGAAAUUUAUUCUGUAAACAGCUACGAUCGAAUUUCGCGUGAUCUUUUAGCAGAAGGUUCAUGAAAAUCGAACGAGCUUGUAAAUAAUUUAGAAAGCCGGAGUAGACGCGACGUCUCCGUGUAAAGAACGUGUGCAGCACAUUUCCCUGUUUUCUUCGAACCAGUGUUUUAUUAUUUUCUUAUCUCUUCUUGUCACCUUACGUGCUACGCGAUCGAAGGUAGCCGAAGGAACGGAGAACUACUUCGAAGCUAGUUUAAAUCGAUCGAACUAAGAUGCCAGUAUAUGCUAGAGCCAGUUUAUAUUCGUUAAAGAAAGAAGGGAACCUCUACGUGUAAGAUUAACGCCGAUGAUCGAUAAAUGAAUACUUGUUACGUGUUGUAUUUCGAUAGGGAAUAGUGCCUUUUAACGUUAAGGAAGAGUAUGCUGCGUUAGGCCUUAAGUAUACUGCUAGUGCCUUAAGUCACGCGAAUCUUCGUGCUUGUACUCGUUUCAUAACGCGACCAUUCGAAUCCUCGCCCGGAGGACCAGUGAGAUAUCAAGCUGUUGCUUUAUUAGUUUGCUCGGGACUCGAGUGGAAAUCGAGUAUCCACGAGAUACUUGGUUAUUCUCGCCUCCCAACGUCGUCGUUCGUUCGAAACGAAUUAACCAUUCGAAUUCAAUCAUUUUCCGAUUUCUGUCAUUUACAUCCUACACGUACCAACGAUUUUCUUCGAUUUCUGCUUUCAAAACGAUCGUCAAUUGAUUCCUUCGGUGACACGAAUCGAACCGGGGAUAUACGAAUAUCGUGUGGGCUCUAAAGACCGACCGCGCCCCUAGGUGUGUAUGAAUAAUUUUCGUAUGAUCGUCACUGCGAAAUUCAAUCCGAAAAUGGACGAGGUGCCACCCAGGAUGCCAUUCUACGAUCUUGAUGACUGAUACCGUUGUACCUUUCCUGUAGGGAAUUUCUUCAGCCGGAGCAGCCGUCAGUAAUCUGAGCGCAGCGCGGGCGAUGAGAAAUGUAUACUGACGUCAUGCCGACACCCUCUUUGAUCAUUAUCAUUUUUUUUUUUUCUUUCUCUACACCGUGCCGAGCUCGUGCCGAGUCGUGCACCUCUCGACGAUGCAUCUCAACGGCGUUACCUCCACCUCAGGACGAUUCAUUUCGGUUAAUUGUCGACGCGGCGAUAAAACGAAACUUCCACGCGAAUCAUCAUCCUUCCUUGGAAUUUCAUUUCCUUCGAACCCGAGUAACUUCAGUUUUAUUUCUUUCUAUUUUCUUCCGAGGGUAUCGUCGAUCACGUGCAAUCAUCGUACGUGAAAUUAUCGAAAUAGUUAUGGAAAAUCAAGGAUUUACUUAGGUGUACUCAACAUCGACGUUUCUCAAGGCUGACUUAACACGAACAUUCCACGAGCAUAGACGUUUUGUAGUUGGAAAUGCUCUCGCGAAAAGUUGGACAAAGGCGCGUGGACAAUUUGUAUCUCAUGUUAAUGCGAACCCAUUCAAUUUUCCAUAGAAGGCUAACCGUCGAGGAAACAGGAAAGCACGCGUAUAAAGGGGCUCGAGCCGAACGCGACCGAUUUUCUAUGAAGGCCCCACCUAGGAAAAUUAGCAUUUCAAGUGCCUUAACGGACGUCAACUGACAAGCAACUAAUCGAGGUUCCGCAUUCGGAUCGAAAUCACCUUCUACGACAGAACGGACGCUUUCGUCCGACCGUCGGACACUUGGUUGACACACUUUGGAUAAAAUGACAGUUCGAGAUGGGAAGAAAACGCGAACAGGUCGGUGGGAAAUUUGCAUGAUUCUUUUUCAAAAAUAUUCACCUUAUAUCUUCGUUAUUUUCAAUUUCGGAUGUUGCAUUUGAAUUCGUGAUCGAAUCCUUGAUUUCCUUCGCACGAAAAGAAUUUCAUUUAUUCGUAAUUCGAAGACGAAGCUGAUGCGUCAGUCCGUCAAAGUAGCGAUGAUUUUUCGUUUCGAGGGCCAGUAAAGAUACACAAUACACACACACACACACUCACACAUGCUCACAUCAGUAACUCACACGUAUACCUGAUCAAGCAAACCACAACUAAAUUACAAUUUUAAUAUGCGAUCACGCGCGGUGCUCAAUCUUCCUUGGUGCUUUCGCACGUUCAAUUCGACGUGCGUACGUGUACACUCGGCUGCAACGUAGGUUUCUCUUGAUCGAGGAGAAAAUCUUGGGAGAACCUAAAGAGAGCGUUAAUCAAGAGAAACCUAAGUUGCGCCUGAUUGUACAUCAACGUGGACAAUAUACGAGGUCGAUUCUUAAAGAUCCAUUAACGCAGGAAGGCAAAAGUUGUCGUUGCGGAAUGUGUGCAAGGUGUUUGCUUCUGGGAGACAGUGGACCAUGCAAUAUCGAAUAGAAAAUUUCCACUGGUUCGUUAAUUUUCUUAGUUACUUAAUAAGCGAGAUUGUUUACGAAGGAAGGUGUUUUACGUGGUCCAAGGAUCUCCUUGAACGCGAAACCAGGCGAGCCGAACGAACCGGUGAUUAUCGACUCUAACACGGAAAAUUUCUCGUGAAUACACUGAAAUAAAAAAUAUAAAAAGAAAAAAAGAAACGGAACCUACUAGAUCGUAAGGUAGAUACUAGUGGAGCAAUAAAAUUACUGUACAUAGUAUGUAAAAUUAUCCGUUAAUCAUCACUGAUGAAGAAGCAACGGAUCAGCGUAGCAUAAUUAUCUCGCAAUAAUGUAAUCAAUGGGGGCCAGUAAUUCUCUCUCGGAUCUCGCACGGAUUUAUACAAUGCGAGGCGCGCGACGUGCCCUUUCUCCGACAGAUUUUCACCAGAUCCAAUUUCUUUGUCGCGAGUGAAACGAGAAGCAUCGAACAUCGCUUUCAGGUUCCUACAGAGCAGGUGCGACGCGUCGCGUCGAAUGGGAACACGAAAGGGUUAUUCUAGCCAAAAUUCGUGUUGGUGGCUCGCGUCGACUCGGCGUGUUUUCAUUGGACGAGAACGUGCGCUGAAAAAUUCGACUGUCGUGUCAAUAGGCUGAGAAAGGGACGUUGUUUUGGUGUCGCGCGCCGCCAACUAUUAUUUAAUAAGGAAUAGAAUUGUACAUGUCGCGUAGAACCGCGUAAUAUAAUAAUAUAUUAAUACUACGACUCACUGUAUAAACGAAGGCAUUAUUACAACUUUGUACUUUCUAAUUAUUACAUUAAUCGCGUCGCUUGAGGACGGCCGCUAUUUCGUAUCGCGCACGUCGCCAGGGGAGGUUUUGUUAGUGCAUUAAAAGAUAAAAAAAAAAAGGUAAAUAUAUAUAUUAUAUAUAUAAAUAAAAAAUCUAUCUAUACAUAUAUAGAUAAAAUAUAGAAUAUAUAUUGUAAAUGUGGUUGUAAUCUUAUUACUGUUAUGUCGAUAUAUCGAUGUCCUUGAUUUGGAUAAUUUAUUUAUUGCGAUGUGAACCGAAACGAAGAGCGUGUAAUUAUUGUAUACCGUGAAAGAUGAGGAAACUAAUUGCCGAAUAAUAGCGAAAUAUAUUAACGUGCACGAAAUUCUAUACAUAUAUAUAUAUAUAUAUAUAUAAAUAUAUAUAUUUAUACAACGUUAUCGGGGCGAGGACGCGUCUCAAAGAGUCGCGUUCCGCCGCGAGAAAGUCCUAAAAAUUCAAUCACGUUUCGCGACGGUACGGUUGAGCGAAUAUUUAAUAUUGUGUACUUCGCGAUUCCUAACUGUGGAAGUAAAAUUGUUGUAUCGUAAGGGCGAUCCGCGACCCGAAUCGUGUACGUUUAAUUAAUUAAUUAUUGUCGAGUCGCGAAUGAAACACGCGACGCGUCACGUUCGUCCUGUACGGUACAAUAUCGCGCCUCUCGAUAAUCUUAUUAUCGAAAUGAUGGUUACAUAUUUUAGAUAAUCCUAUUAUCAUUAUCAUUAUUACGAUUCUUAUUAUAAUUGCUACUAUUACUAUUAUUAUUGUAUUUGGCAGGGUUACGACAUUAAAAUCGUAAAAACAA